CAAUUUUAGUAUUUUUGUUAAGAAAAAGCAAACGAAAACAAUACGUUUUUUUUAAGAUUUGGUUUUAAAGACAUAGGAAAAGACAAAAGGAUCCACUGAAAAUAUUUAAGACUUGCAAGAGAAGAAGGACUUCCCGCGCAGGACUCUUGAGCACCAGGACUCGAACUCGGACCCAGACUCCGACUCCGAUUCGGCGAUGUCCCUGCACUGGAACGUGAACUGCGAUGGCUGCGGCACCACGCGACUGAUCCACUACCGCUACAAGUGCCUGCGCUGCCCGGACUACGACCUCUGCUCCGCCUGCCACGAGGGGGGCGUGGCCACGGGGGCCCACGAGCGGGGCCAUCCGUUCCAGUGCCUGCUGGACCGGGCCGCCCGUGAGCUGCACUUCGCCGGCGAGUCGAUCCCGGACCUGUGCGCCGACAGCUUCACAUGCCCGCUGUGCGGCCAGCUGGGCCUGUCCGCCGGUGAGCUGAUCCGUCACUGCCAGGCGCGGCACCGCGCCGCCCGCACCUCCGUGAUCUGUCCGCUGUGCGUGGCGGUGCCGUCGUCGCACCCCGGCCGCGUCAGCAACCUCGCCGGCCACCUGGGCCUGCUGCAUCCGGCGAGCAUCCUGCGUGCCCCGGAGGCGCCUCCGCUCGCGGUGGGCAGCCCCGCGUCCGGCCUCUUUCAGUGGUCCACUGGCGGGGGCGGGGGCACUUUCUCGUUCGGUGGCGCUGGCAGGGGAGCUGGCAGGGGCGUGGCAGCGGGAGCGGGAGCGGGAGCGGGAGCGGUACACCAGCAGAUGCCCAGCAGGGGCCUCUUCUCCCCCGCGACCUUCGCCACCCACCGCAGCCUGCCCAGCGUCCAGAUGCCGCAGGUGCGCUUCGUCCUGCCCACGGGCACGCCCCCCUUGGCGGCGCCCGAGGACCUGAGCGAUAACGAUAUCGUCGAGAUGUGAGCCUGCAGGAUCGAGCGGACCUCCACACUUUUGUUUGUCAACCCCCAGCCGCACACACACACACACACACACACACACACACACACACACAGAGAAAACAGGAAACGGAAACAGAAAACAAAGUCCUUGCACACUGGCACAAUAAUAAACAGAUACACUUUGGCCAAAAUGCAUAACGUAUUAUUAAUACUUUUGAAUUUAUAAAUUAAUCAAUUGCAUUGUU